CAGCAAAGGAGGAUAAGAAAAAACGAAUCACAUGCACACACGUAACAAGAGGCUGGAUGGAACAAACAGAGAAAGAUUUUCUGCUGCACCUGGAUAUGAGUUUAGCCGGUGUGCAUCAUGAAUGUUUCUGGUGAGAUACAGCAAGGACCUUCUUCCUCUAAAGCUGCCCUGCGUAAGCAAAUUGACGACCAGACAGGAUGUGAAAGUUUCGAUCACACAUUCCCCCUAACCUCCCGGAAGAGGUCAGAGGUCACCAGUCAUCAGCAUCAGCACCAGCAGAAACAUCUGGAUUCUAGUUUCAAGGUGUGCACAACGGAUGUUUCUGAGGAGAGAGAGGACGGUGGUUCGACCUUAAAGGCUGCUCUGUCUGAGCAAAAUGAUGGAGAGACAGGAAAAAAUAGCCAAAUGAACCUGGAGAGACUGGACUCACCUGUACCUGGUCUUUCACGGAGGAGUGUUCAGUCUAUGCAUUUACCCUUAACAUUUGAGGGUGGAGACGAGAGACGGUCAAGGAAGGAACCAAUUGAAUUCAAUAAUAAACAACACUCUGUCACGCAAAGUCAAGUGAACCAGGAGAGACCAGACUCACCUGUAGCUGUUUCCUUCGGGAGUUGGCUGGAGGAGGACAUUGUUUCUUUCGCGAAGCAGGAGCUGAACAGACUCAAGAAACUUCUGAAUUCAGAAUCUCCAGAAGGUUCAGAGAACCUGAGAGAAGAUGCUGGAGAAGAGCAGAGAACCAGUGACAGAGAUGCAUUUCUGAAGAUCACAUUGAACUUCUUGAGGAGAAAGAAACAGGAGCAGCUGGCCAACACUCUGCAAAGGAAAACUUAUGUUCCAAUUUGUCAAGGUAAAUUAAAGUCCAACCUGAAGAGGAAGUUUCAGUGUGUGUUUGAGGGAAUAGCCCGAGCAGGAAACCCAACGCUUCUCAGUCAGAUCUACACAGAGCUCUACAUCACUGAGGGUGAGCGUAAAGAAGUCAGUGAUCAACAUGAGGUCCGACAGAUAGAAGCAGCCUCUGGGAUACAUGCAAGAUCAGCAACCACAGUCAGAUGUGAAGAUUUAUUUAAACCUUUACCUGGAAGGAAUGAGCCGGUCAGAACAGUGUUGACAAAGGGAGUGGCUGGAAUUGGUAAAUCAGUCCUAACGCAGAAGUUCACUCUGGACUGGGCUGAAGACAAAGCCAACAAGGACAUACAGCUUAUCUUCCCAUUCACGUUCAGAGAGCUCAGUUUGUUGAAAGAAAAAAAGUUCAACUUGGUGGAACUUGUUCAUCACUUCUUUACUGAUAUCAAAGAACCAGGGAUAUGCAGUUUAGAAAAGUUUGAGGUUGUGUUCAUCUUUGAUGGUCUGGAUGAGUGUCGACUUCCUCUGGACUUCCACAACACUGAGAUCCUGACUGAUGUCACAGAGUCCACCUCACUGGAUGCGCUGCUGACAAACCUCAUCAGGGGGAAACUGCUUCCCUCUGCUCACCUCUGGAUAACCACACGGCCUGUAGCAGCCAAUAGGAUUCCUCCUGAGUAUGUUGACAUGGUGACAGAGGUCAGAGGGUUCAAAGACCCCCAGAAGGAGAUGUACUUCAGGAAGAGAUUCAGAGAUGAGGAGCAGGCCAGCAGGAUCAUCUCCCACAUUAAGGCAUCACGAAACCUCCACACCAUGUGCCACAUCCCAGUCUUCUGCUGGAUCACUGCUACAGUUCUGGAUCACAUGCUGAAGACCAAAGACAAAGCAGAGCAGCCCAAGACCCUGACUGAGAUGUACAUCCACUUCCUGUUGGUGCAGACCAAACUGAGUAAUGUAAAGUACCACAAAGAAGCUGAAAGAGAUGAAGUCUGGAACAAAAAGACUAAGAAGACCAUUCUCGCUUUGGGAAAACUGGCUUUUGAGCAGCUGUAUAAAGGAAACUUGAUCUUCUAUGAAACAGACCUGAAAGACUGUGACAUUAACAUAACGUCUGCCUCAGUCUACUCAGGACUGUUCACAGAGAUCUUCAAACAAGAAAGCGGGAUAACCCAGGCAAAGGUCUUUUCCUUUGUCCAUCAGAGUCUUCAAGAGUUUUUGGCUGCACUCUACGUCUUUGUGAUGAUCAUCAACACUGGUGAGGACAUGAUGAGAGGAAAGCGGUUGAGAUUACCAUUUGAAAGUAAACUGAAAAAACUCUACCGGAGGGCAGUGGACAAUUCUCUACAGAGUCCCAAUGGACACCUGGACUUAUUUGUCCGCUUCCUCCUGGGUCUUUCACUGGAUACUAAUCAGACUCUCCUGCGAGGUCUGCUGACAAAGACAGUAAGUAAACCACAGUUCAAAGAAGUGCUGGUGCAGUAUAUCAAGAAGAAGAUCAGGGAAACCCCCCCUCCAGAGAGAAGCAUUAAUCUGUUUCACUGCCUGAAUGAACUGAAUGAUCAUACUUUAGAGGAGGAGAUCCAACAGAGUCUGAGAUCAGGAAGUUUCUUCAAAAACAAACCGACUCCCUCUCAAUGGUCAGCGCUUGGCUUCAUCUUACUGUCAUCACAAAAAGACCUGGACGUGUUUGACAUGAAGAAAUUCUUUGUUUCAAAAGAGUUACUACAAUGGCUUCUCCCAGUGGUCAAAGGAUCCAAAAAGUCUCUGCUCAGUGACUGCAACCUUUCAUGGAGUAGCUGUGAAGUUUUAGUCCCAGUUUUAACCUCCAAGCACUCAAAUCUGAGAGAGCUCGACCUGAGCAACAAUGACCUGCAAAAUGAAGGAGUGCAGGUGCUCUCAGCUGGAAUUCGGAAUCCCGAGUGUAGACUGGAGAUUCUGAGGUUGUCAGGCUGUCUGGUCACAGAAGAAGGCUGUAAUUUUCUGGCCUCAGCUCUGAGCUCAAACCCUUCCCAUCUGAGAGAACUGGACCUGAGUUAUAAUCCUCUAGAAGAAUCUGAUGUGAUGCAACUGUCUGCUGGACUGAAGGACCCAAACUGGAAACUGGAAAUUCUCAAAACUGAUCACUGUGGAAAAUGCAGACGGAAACCUUCACUCUUCAAGUAUUUCUGUGAACUUGAACUGGACCCAAACACAGCGGACAGUAAACUCUUGCUUUCUGCUUGCAACAAAAAUAUGCAGGUGGUGAUUGAGAAACAGCGGUAUCCCAAACAUCCAGAGAGAUUUGAAGGCUGGAAGCAGCUGCUGUGCAGCGAAGGUCUGACUGGACGUUGUUACUGGGAGGUCCAGUGGAGCGGCAGUGUUAGCAUAGGAGUGACAUACAAAGGCAUCAGAAGGAAGGGAAAAAGAGACGACUGCUGUAUUGGAUGGAACGAUCAGUCCUGGUGUGUGUCCUGUUCUCGUCAGGGUUUCACUGCCUGGCACAAUAAAACACCAUCAGACAUCAAAGCACCCCCACCCAUUGACUCCAGCCGGGUAGCAGUGUAUCUGGACUGGGAUGCUGGAACCCUGUCCUUCUACUCUCUCCCCAAUAGAGAUUCCUUUGUAAAACGGAUCCACCUCCACACCUUCUACUCUACAUUCAGUGAACCCCUCUACCCUGCCUUUGGGUUUGAACGAACACCUGAGGUUGGGACUGAGUCCACGGUUUUCUGGUCCUCAGUUUCUCUGAGCCCCUGUGACGGAAGUGCUGCAGACCAAAUGGGUUUUUUAAUUAAGUGAUUUUUAAAAGUAGUAAAUAUAACUUCACAACCACAAAUGCAGGCAGACAGGAGCUGGGAAGUAAUACUUGAGUCAUGCAGAACCCACCUGGUUUUAAUUAGUGAGUUGUGGAUUGACACUGAAAUAUCGAUACUUCUGAUACUAAGUCUUUACGCUCUAAAAUCGAUUUUCAAAUCAAAACUAUCGAUACUUUGGAUACUUCAGUCAUUGGAGGUGAUGUAGGAACACAGUGGAAAGUAACUGAACUAUUC